AUGAGCACGCUUAUAUCACCAAUUAAGACCAUAGACCAACUUUUGUCUGAGGCUGAGAAGUUCAAGGGAAAAAGAAUAUUUGUUCUCUUCUCUGGGACGCCUUUGCCGGAUGGAACCAAUUGGUGUCCCGAUUGUGUCAAAGGUGAGCCAAUAAUAAAGAAAGCACUGGAGAAAUUACCAGAAAAUGCUGUAUUUCUGAAGGUUGAAGUAGGAGAUAGAAAUACUUGGCGUGACCCAGAAAAUGUAUUUAGAACACAUCCAAAAUGUCGAAUAACUAGCAUCCCGUCUCUGAUCGAGUUUAAUACAAUGAAAAGAUUAUCCGACAGUGAGGUCCUAAAACCUGGUCUUGUCGAACUUAUGUUUGAGGAUUAA